AUGUCCAUAACAUCAACAUCAAUUCUGAAUCAUUUCGAUACAAUUGCUGUUGUUACCGGCGGACUUUUUGCUGGUACAGCUCUCUAUUUAUCCAUUGGUCAAGUACCUGCUAUGCGUGAAUUUGGUCUUAAUGAACAUUGGAGAUUUUUUCCAUAUAUGUAUAAAAAAAUAGCUUUAACACAAGCUAGUUUAGCUGCAAUUGCUGGUACAACUAGUAUUGUACAUGCAACACGUAUUCAUGGUGCACCAUUUUUUCGUUAUUUAUGGAUUGCAGCUGGAACAACAUUUCUUGCAAUAAUUCCAUAUACAAUUAUUUGUCUAGCUCCAACAAAUCAAACAAUUAUUGAUGAUAAUAAAAAUGUUAAACUAGGAAAUGAAAGUCAUAUUAAUUUUGCAAAGAAAAAAGAAUUACUUGAUAAAUGGGCAUUUCUUCAUUUUGUUCGAACCGUUAGUUCAGUUGCUGGUUUUGGUAUGAUGGUGUAUGGACUUAGUCGUCAUUCAUCAUUUGUUUUCACUUGGUAG